AUGUGCUCCAUGCAGGGGAUCCCCAGCCCCGGCACCACCAUCAGCCUGAGGGUCUCCUUCGUGGACGUUCACCCGGAAUUGCCGCUGGUGCGGCUGUGGGGCCUGCUGGGCGAGCGCCGGGAGGAGUAUGCCCGGCUGUACCAGGACAUCCAGGCUAGGGCUGGGCCGCGCCUAGUCGGCGCCCCGGGAGCCGUCUGGCUGGUGGCGGGGGCCGGACUGUACCCAGGGGACCUGUGUCUGGUGGAACUAGGGGACCGUUGGCACCGCUGCCAGGUCGUGAACUGCCAAGGCCAGCACUGCCGAGUCUUCCUGCUGGACGAGGGUCACACGGUGGCGGCUGACGCCUACUACUUGGCCUCGGGCAAGGACGAAUUCUUCCACCUGCCCUCUCAGGUGCUGGGCUGCCUGCUGGCCGACCUGGUGCCGCCGGGAGCCGGGGAGCAGCCAGCCACCAGCUGAUCGGCGGGUGCCCUGGAGUUCCUGAACUACCUGAACACCAAGGAGGUGUCGGGGCUGGUCCAAGAGGUGCUGAUGCCGCAGCGCCUGGUCCUGCUCGAGCUGCCUUGGCUGCUGGCCCAGAUUCACCACCUGGGCCUGGCCAAGCAGGUCACUCCCAGCUGUUUCCAAACCCUGCUCAAGCGCUGCCUGGCACCGUCCCACCAGCCCAAGCUGGAGGUCCCCGGCCCUACUUCGGCUCAGCAAUACCCUGUUGCUACCACUCCCCAAUCCGGCCCAGCCACCCUGGAUUUCUUCUACCCACAGCUGCAGCUGGGGGUGACUGUGCCGGUGCUGGUGACCCAGAUCUCCGACCUGCACUGCGUCUAUUGCCAGCUGCAGAGCCUUUCCCAGGAGAUCCAGCGCCUCUCGGACUCCUUGCACCAGAUCUACGAGAUGGCGGCCAGGCAGGAGCAGGAUCCGCUCCCCAAACCGGGCUCCUCUUGCACUGCACGCGGCAUAGAUAGGCGCUGGUACCGUGCGCUGUUGCUGGAGAUCUUCCCCGAGGAGCAGAGUCGGCUGGUGGCCCAUGUGAUCUGCGUGGAUUACGGCAGGAAGGAAUUGGUCACCGGGGCUAGCCUCCGCCGCCUGCCCGUGGAGUGUUUCCACAUGCCGGUAGUGACCUACCCGUGCGCCCUGCAGGGCAUCUCGGAUGGGGGAUGCAGCUGGUCCCGCUCCCAGCUCAGCGGGCUCAAGGCGCUGCUGCUGGGCAAGGCGGUGAGCGCCCGCAUCGAAGCCUACAAUCCCUUCGAGCACCUCUACUAUGUGAACCUGUAUGGGGAGAAUGGCCUUAACCUGAACUGCCUCUAUGGGGUGCAGACCCGCUGUCUGACCCACAGCCUCCUGCAGGGCGGCCAGGGAGCACAGGAGCGACCGGAAGAGGAGGACGCCGCCCCUCCUAAGGAGCCGGGGCUGCCGCCGGACACACUCCCUGAAACUGCGGCUCCGAGGGACCCGGCUGCUGCCCAUCUGCCGGGCGUGCGGGUGAAGGUGGGAGUGUUCUUCCAUGCGCGGGUGUCCUUCGUCAGAGACCCAUCCGAGUUCUGGUUGCAGCUGAAGGAGAAUGGUGAUAACAGCUGGAUAGUAGGCAGUGUGCUGGGGGUCGGGGUGGAAGUGCACCUGGUGGAUAGAGGCAACAGGGAGAUCUUGAACUGGGAUGAGGUGAAGGAGCUGCUACCUCAGUUCAGGGAGCUGCUUGCUGUAGCUCUGAAGUGCUGUUUAGCAGAUGUCUGUCCCCUGGGAGAGACAUGGAGUAAAGAGGCUGUGGCUCACUUUAAAAGGACAGUGCAGAGCAAAGAGCUGGUGAUCCGGGUGUUGGAUACGCAGGGUGACAAGCAUGUGAUUGAAGUUCUUGAUCAGUCUCAAACAGGGGAGAAAAAUAUAAGCAAAAUUUUGUCCCAAGGAGGCUAUGCAAAAUUCCAAGGGGCUGAUAUUCCAGAGACUCUUCAGAAGUUAUCUGCUCAGUCUCUGAGGCAGGAUCCCAAAGAACAUGCUGGCAAGGGGGAGCUAGUGAGUUCAACAGCCAGGAAUAGUGGAGUGCAAACCAAAACAGUAAGAGACAAUAUAGCGCUGAAUCCCUCUAUGCCUUUGACAGUCAAAGACCAGCCUACUGCAGAAAGUUGCCAUUUAGCAAGUGACUCAGCUCCUGAUGAAAAAAAAAUUAAAGGAAACCUAAAUCUGCCCUCCUCUCUAAUACAAUACAACUUGGAAAUAAAAACAGGAUCUCCUUAUGAAGGUCAGCUGGAAGUUGGUAAUACAGUUCAGGUGGUAAUAUCGUACGCUGAAAGUCCUGGCUACUUUUGGUGUCAGUUGAGUAGAAGUAAUCAAGAACUUAAGUCAUUAAUGGCUGAAAUUCAGAAUUAUUGCAAGACGUCUGCACAGCCACAUCAUUGGGCAAUUCGAGUGUGUUUAGCUAAGUAUUCAGAGGAUGAGAAAUGGUACAGAGCUUUGAUUAUUAGUGGAGAGUGUUCUACAGAACAGGUAGAAGUAAUCUAUGUUGACUAUGGGAACAAGGAGCUGGUUUCUGUAGAGAAUCUCCGCUCCAUUAAUGCAAACUUUCUGAAAUUAAAGGCUCAGGCUUUCAGAUGCAGCCUUUACAAUGUAAUCCAACCAAAUCGUCAGGAUCCUUUUGUUUGGGAUGAAGAAGCAAUCCUAGCUUUUCAGGAGUUUGUUGAUCACAGAGCAGAUCAUUUGGAACUGAAGUGUACAAUAUUUGCUCUAGUUGCCAUAAACAAUAAAGAGCUGUUUAAUGUUGUGGACUUAAUUACGCCUUUUCAGAGUGUGUGCCAUUUUUUAACAGAGAAAGGAUUGGCCAGACCUGUACCACCUCAAAAACCUCUGGCAUCCUCCGUUCAGCUACACUCUUACUAUUAUUCUCCACAUGACAUCAAAAUUGGAAGUGAAGAAGAGAUUUAUGUACAUGUUGAUAAUCCAUGGAAAUUUUACUACCAACUUGCCAGAAGUGCAAAUGUCCUAGAACAGCUCACAGAUAACAUUGGUCUACUAGGAAAAGUACUGCACAGUUUAAAAAUAUCACAAAACCCUGGAAACCUAUAUCUUGCAAGGUAUACUGACAAUCACUGGUACAGAGGAGCAGUUUUGAAAACCAAACCUAAUAAAGAAGUCUUCUUUGUAGAUUUUGGGAAUACACAGGUGGUAAAGAAAGAAGACUUGAUUCCUAUACCCAAUGAUGCAUAUGAUAUCUUGCUUUUGCCAAUGCAAGCCAUAAAAUGUUCACUAUCUGAUAUCUCUAAUGUACCGAAAGAAGCUACCACAUGGUUUGAAACCACUGUCUUGGAUAAGCCUUUAAAGAUGAUAAUGGUAGCAAAAGAAUCUGAUGGAAAACUGAUAGUUGAAAUGUAUGAAGGCAAUAUUCAAAUUAAUGCAAAAAUGAAAGAGGAUUUAAGUUUACCAAGAAAUACAGACUCUAACAAAUAUGUAGAAAAUGAAACUCUACACUCUAAAAACAUUAAUGCCAAAGAAGAGAGGAAUGAAAACCUGAAGUCAUCAGCAACAUACAUGAGAGAGUCUGAGACUAAAACUUGGAGAUUUGAAAUCCAAGGAGAAGAAUGCAAUACCAAGACCAGUUUUGCAUGUAAGGAUGUAAAACACUUCCAACCUGCUGGAGAAAGAGAGUUGUCAACCAAGUUUCUAGGAUCUGUGGAAAGAUUUAACAGUAACAAUGUUUUUCUAUCAGCAAGUACUUCCUUAGUAGGUAAAGAAGUAGGUGAAAAUAAAACUUUAACCUUUAUAAAGAAAGAGAUAAAAUCUGAUACUGUUAAACCUGAUGCUGUUAAAACUAGAAAUCAAGGAGAAAAUAGUACACUUUUUCCACUUAAAAGCAUAUGUGACUUGCCUCCAAGGAACUUAGUGCCUGGUCUGAAAACUUCAGUAUACAUUUCUCAUGUAAAUAACCCUUCCGAUUUUUAUAUUCAAUUAGCAAGUGAUGAGCCUCAACUUUACAAUAUUUCAGAAGGAUUAAACGAUCAAACAGGAACAGAGGGUCUCAGUCAACAACAGGUACAAGUAGGAGACUUAAUUUGUGCAGUUUUUUCAGAAGACGGCUUAUGGUAUCGAGCUGUAGUAAAAGAGAAACUAUCUGAUGAACAGAUAAGUGUACAAUAUAUAGAUUAUGGCAACAGUUUCUUAGUUAAUAUUUGUGAAACAAGUAGACUGCUUGAAAACUAUUCGUCAGUUCCAAUGAUGAGUAUUCAUUCCUCAUUGUCUGGAGUUCAGUCUAAACAGUUUACAAAUUGGACACAGGAAGCAGUGAGUUAUUUUUCAGAAAGAACAAGUGAAGUUCAGCUAAACUGUGAAUUUGUAGAGAAACUCAAAGACAGAUGGGAAAUUGUUCUCUAUGACGAGAAAGGUAUGAUAGCAGUGGAUUUGAUUAAUGAAACCUUUGGAAUGAGAGAAAAAUCUCAGUCAACAGAUGCACUUGACAGAAGAGAGAGUGGUGCUGAUGUGUCAAAUCAGUGUGAACCUCUGCCUUUUGAUGAGAACAAUAAAGCUUCUAGUAUAACUGACACUAAAUCAUUCUUCUGGAAGACUCCAGAGGUAGCUCAGACUGUAGAAACCUAUGUUACUGUUGUAAAAGGCCCAGAAUACUUUUGGUGUCAGAUAGCUGACCUAGAAAUUAUCAACUACUUAGAAAAAAAACUCCAGGAAACUGGAGAACUUGAAAUAAGCAGUGUGGAUGAGUUCAGAUCUAGUAUUAGAAGUGGUGAUAUUUGCAUAGCAAAGUAUAGUGAAGAUGGAAAAUUUUACAGAGCAAAAGUUAGCAGCAUAAAAGAUAACAACCUAACUGUCAGACAUGUGGAUUAUGGAUCUGAGGAACUUGUUGGCAGAGAGAUGAUUAGACAAAUUCCUGAUCAGUUGCUUACAAUUCCUAUGCAAGCUUUUCCAUGCUGUCUGUCUGGAUUUAAUUCCCCAGAGGGUUCAUGGAGUAAUGAAGCAGAAGACAAGUUCUAUGACAUGACUGCAGACUAUUUACCAGCGGUCACAGUAAUGGAAAUACAAAAGGAUAACUCUUCUGAAAUUCCCUUAUCUGUUGUUAAAGUGGAAUGUAGAAAAAAAAACAUCAAUGAGGAGAUGAAAUGUUUUUGGAAGUACAACACUGACAUGACUUUGGCAAACAUUCAGAACGAUUUCAGUGAAAGGAAUGAGGGUCCAUGAACAGAUACUACAGAUGCUGUUUGCCUUGAAAAAGCUGUGGCUUCUACUGGAGAUGCCAAGCAGGAAAAUAGUGCUCUGCAGGAUGCUUUACUUUGUGCAGAACCAUUCCACCUGGCAGACAAGGGAUGUCAAAAUACUACAGAAAUUGAAGAAAAAGUGCUUCUCAAAACUGCUAAUGAGCAUGAGACCAAUUUUGAAAUACUUAAUAAAGCAGAGACUCCUUUGUUUUGCUAUCACUUUCUUUUUUCAAUAAAAAUAUAUGUAGAACCCAAAACAUCUGAACCAAAGCUUCUUGCCAAUAGUGAAACAAAGGACUUAGAUCUUGAGCCAUUUGAAGCACAGUUCUUGGAGGAGGAUGAACUCAAAGCAGAGAUGUUAGAAUUAUCACUUGAAGUACAGUCUUUCCUGGGUGAAGAAAGAAAAGAGCUGUUGGAACUUCCAUCAGCUGAGGUGCAGCCUUCCCUGGAUGAGAAUGUGGAGCUGUUGGAAAUGAAGCAGUUACAAAUGCACUCUUUACCUGAUGAACUGAAAAAGCUCUUACUGGAACUAGAGUCACUCGAAGGGCACCCUUCCUUGGGUGACAAAACAAAAGAAGAGGUACUGGAACUGGAGUCACUAGAAAUGCAGACCUCCUUGACUGAUAACGAAACAAAGGAAAAAUUGUCAGAACUGGAAUCACUCCAAGUACUGUAUUUGGAUGAUGAUGGGGAGCUAAUGAACCUGAAAUCACUUGAAGUGUCACCUUCAUUUAGUAAUAGAGAGAAUUGGUUGGAAAUGGAGUCAUCACUUGAAAUACAGCCUGUAUGCGGUGAUGAAAGAGGGGAACUGUUUGAACUGAUACCAUGUGAGGUACAGAUUUCCUUGGGAGAAGAAACAAAGGAGAAAGUGGAUUGGGAUUUGGACUUGCUUGAAGUUCAUCAAGUGAAAGCUGCACCAACUGAGUUGGAAGUGGAGUCUUCCCUAGUAAAAACUUUACUUAGUAAUGGAGCCAGGAAGGAGCUGGAACCAGAGAUGCACAAACCAGAGAUGCACAAAGUCCAGUCUUUGCUUGGUGCGGAAAGAAAAGAGGUAUUGGAAUUUGUGCCAUCGGAAGUGCAGGCUUCUCUUGGUGGUGAAACAAGGAAAGACCCGUUAGAGUUGGAACCAUCUAUUUUAGAGCUUUCUGUAGAUAGUGCAGAUCAGCUUUCAUUCCCCAAAACCGACUUAAAAAAGCAAGUGUCUACUUGCCGUGUAGAGCUGUGUUGUGUAGGAAAAGCUGAUAGCAGAGGUGAAAAAUGUAAGAAAUGGCUAACUUUGCAGGAGAAGAGUUGUGCAGAACAGAUGAAACCAGACUUGCAUGAAGUGUUCAGAGAGUAUAAAACUUCUCUUGUGGUUGGGGAGUCCUUGAGGUAUAAACCAUCAGAUGAAGAAGAAAUUAAAAUAAGAGAAAAGCAGGAUGUAACUUUAGCUGGUCAUGGUACAGAGCAAAGUGAGCAUGCCUGUAAUCUAGAGGGAUUUGCUGUUGGCUCCAAACAUAUGGUGUGGUCAUGUCUGAGGUGGUGUGAGGCUCGGAUUUCGGAGAUAUCUGAUGAAGGCACCAAGGAUUUGAAUCUCUCUGCUGGCCAUGAGGAGAUAGUGAAUCCUGAGAAUGUUUGGAAUGGCAUUCCUGAAGUGACUAAGAGUCCAUAUGAGGCAGAUAGCUUGCACUCCUUAUCAGCGGAGGGCUCAGAGUUGAAAGAAAAAAGGGCUAAUUGUGGCUCUGAUGUAAUGGUUGAUCCAUAUAUGUUGUCCAGCAGUCCUGAAAAUGCCACUGAGUAAGGCUUCUAGUUCACUAGCAUCACGUGUUGGAGAAGCAAAGUCUUAUGAACAUGACUUUCCCGAGAUUACGGAAUUGUACAUUGUAGAAGUAUUUUGAGCAUGGUUUUCAAGCAGCUGACCAAAUAAUGUCUAACUAGUAUGCCAUAUUUCUAUAAUAGCACUUCACACUUGUAUAAGACAACAAAAAGCCUACAUGGAAUCUGUAGAUGUUUUCAUAGUGCUGGCAUCUAGCUUCUUAAAAUUGUGAUACCUUCAUUUCAGUGAGUAUUUGGGCAGCCCUUGACCAGUGGAGUUUCUGGUAUUGAAUGUUUUAGUCUGUUGCACCAAGAGUUGUAAUAACUAGAUUGUUAAACUUUUUGCAUAUGUCGAUUGCUUAAGCUCUUUAUUUCUAUUGGAACUAUAGUUGAUUUAAAUUUUUGGGUUUACUUAAAUGAAGCUUAUUCAGAUGUAUACAAACGGCUGUACAUUAUGCAACCCUGCUUUCUGAUGAACACUGAGAUUUCUUUGUUAGAAAAGCUCUCGUAAAAAAAAAUUAGAGGAUAUUUUGCACCAGUUGCUUUGAAUGUUUUGUCCUCCUUUAUGGUAAAUAAUAUUUACUUCAGUUUGAACUCUGCAUUUAUACUACUAUGCUAACUAUGGAACAAGCUGGAAUAAAGCUGAU